GGUGCGCAGGUCAGCGCCCGGGCCGCACAGGCGCGCAGGGGUGGGGUAGCGGCCGACGCCCCUCGGCUCGCGCUCAGCACCUGGCCCUGCAGGAAGUGCGCGCUGAUUGACAGCUGCGGUGUUCCAAAAAGGCUGUAGUCGAAGAUGCCGCUUGGCGGGUGGGUGUAGACGCAGCAGGCGCGCCCGUGCCCGCUCUGGUUCGCGCGCCUCCCCGCCGCCCCUCUGGCUGCCGAGGAGCGGGGCUCAGGCCCCAGCCUGCGCGCCAGCUCCCACGGUUUCGGACCGCCCGGCGCUCGCAGCGGUCAGGUCGCCAGGCUCUGGUCCGAGCUCACCAUGCACUGCCACGCGGAACUGAGGCUCAGCUCACCCGGCCAGCUCAAAGCAGCCAGGCGGCGCUACAAGACUUUCAUGAUCGAUGAGAUCCUCUCUAAGGAGACCUGCGACUACUUUGAGAAACUUUCCCUGUACUCUGUGUGUCCAUCGCUGGUGGUGCGACCUAAGCCCCUGCACUCUUGUACCGGCUCUCCUUCCCUACGGGCAUAUCCUCUCCUGUCCGUGAUCACCCGACAGCCCACAGUCAUCUCCCACCUGGUUCCCACCGGCCCAGGAAUCACCCCAGUGUUACCUCGCCAUCCCGUCACCGAGGCUGCCGCUGCGGCCGCCGCCGCCGCCGCUGCUGCUGAGACCCCUGGUGGUGAGGCCGUAGUCAGCAGCGAAUCUGAAACAGACCAACCAACACCCCGGCAGAAGAAACCACGCAGGAGCCGCACCAUCUUCACGGAGCUGCAGCUCAUGGGCCUGGAGAAGAAAUUCCAGAAGCAGAAGUAUUUGUCUACCCCAGACAGGUUGGACUUGGCCCAGUCUCUGGGACUCACUCAGCUGCAAGUGAAGACUUGGUAUCAGAACCGCAGGAUGAAAUGGAAGAAGAUGGUUCUUAAAGGUGGACAGGAAGCACCCACAAAGCCUAAGGGGCGUCCCAAGAAGAACUCCAUUCCCACAUCAGAGGAGAUUGAAGCUGAAGAGAAGAUGAACAGCCAGACCCAGAGCCAGGAGCAAUUGGAGUCCUUGCAGGGACCCGAGGCGUCCUCUGAUACCCAAGAGCCCAAAGCAUGCCAUGUCCCCUCGGAGGUGGCAGAACCAUUUCACCAGCCCCAGGAGUUGCCAGAAGCUUCCUCUGAACCCCCACCAUUAAGCUAAAAUAAAGUUCUUUGGGGGAAGGGGGAGACUGGGAAGAAGGGAAGAGAGACAGCAAGGAGACUCUGGAAGGACGGAAGGCCUCUAAAGACUAGUGACGCAUGGGUAGAGGAGCAUGGCCUGUGUUCCUCCUCCCGGCAGCAUUCUCAUCUUGAGCAUUUGAUGAAGACUUGCUCCUGUGGGACUUCCCCUUCUUGCAAGGCUGUGUUAGCCACAGAUGCCCUUGAGGAAGGGAGCUAGAACCUUGGGGCUGACUCCCGGGCUUGGGUGAUGGCUGUGGGGUUGGGUACAGCAGCCUGUCAGUGUGGCAGGCUGGCUUGGCCCUCGGUGAGGGCUACUCUUCUCCCUCCCUGCUCCCCUCUGGGCAGCCAUCAGCAAAGCAGAGAGAAGUAGGUGGGAGUGCUUGGGAGGCUUACUCAGGCUCCUUGCUGACUCAGUGCUUAUUUCUGUAGUUUUAAGAGAAUUGAAUGUUUUGGAUUUUUUUAUUAUUAUUUUUGGAGGUUUGGGUGGGGAAAACUGUUGAAGGCAGACAAAAACAAAAUAAAAUAAUAAUGAUAAAAAGGAGUUGGAGGGAGUUGUGAGUUACUAGGGACAUCUUGAGUCCUGCUUGUCUGUCAGGAGACACGUGUGCCUUUGUACCUUUAUAAGAUGGUCAGGUGACAAAAAGAACUGAUGACCCUUGCCUUUCCUGCUUCAUUAAGUUGCCAUCCCUGAAGCUGCAAAAGCAGAUAUGUUAAGAUAACUUUUAUUUUUUAAUUAAAAAUAAAUCUUUCAAGAAG